GCCGUAAAGCGCUGUGCGGGGAGGAGCCGAGCAGGAGAUGUCGGAUCGGAUGAGCUGAGCUCCCCCGGCCGGGGCCUGCACGGACACACAGCGGGGGGCCCGCACCGAGCCCGGAUUUCUGAGAUUUCAGCACAGCUCUUCUGCAGAAUAGACAUGUCCUUUACUGGUGGAAUGGCUGAUGGCAAAACGGAUCUUACCAACGGCAGCUUUUCCAGCAGUCCAGAAGACAUGUCUGGAGCUGAAGAAGGUAAGGAGAACUCCUCUGGAAUUGAGGUGGAGGCCUCUGAUGUGAGCUUGAGUCUCACUGGGGAUGAGGCUGGAGCUACUCGAGUAGAGAGAGACACUGGAUCUGAGACCUCAGGGGAGGACAAAGACUCUGAUAGUAUGGACGACACUGGCCAUUAUUCCAUCAAUGACGAUAAGAGAGGUAAUGAUCGCUCCAACUCAGAUGACGAAGAAGAUGACGACGACGAUGAUGAUGAUGACGACGAGGAAGAAGACCAUCUCCGUAAGCGAGCCCAACGAAAACGGGCCAAUCACGACCAGGAUUCCUCAGAUGAUGAGCGAGCUCUGGAGGACUGGGUGACCUCUGAAAAGACACCACUACCCCGACCCAGAUGGAGGGCUAUCCGUGCCCUCAGACAACGAGAGAUGGGAAGCAGUACUCGCUUUAUCUAUGAUGCCUGUGGGGCAAGGGGGUUUGUCCAGCGUUUCCACCUUCUCCAUGGCUUGGAAGGGCACAGUGGCUGUGUUAAUACCUUGCACUUCAACCAGCGGGGGACUUGGUUGGCAAGUGGCAGUGACGACCUCAAAGUUGUGGUAUGGGACUGGGUCCGGAGGAAGCCUGUGCUGGAGUUUGAGAGCGGCCACAAGAGCAAUGUGUUUCAGGCCAAGUUCCUUCCAAAUAGUGGAGAUUCGACUCUGGCAAUGUGCGCUCGGGAUGGCCAGGUACGAGUUGCAGAACUGUCUGCCACGCAGUGCUGCAAAAACACCAAGAGAGUAGCACAGCACAAAGGCGCUUCUCACAAGCUCGCCCUGGAGCCCGACUCCCCAUGCACUUUCUUAUCUGCAGGAGAAGACGCUGUGGUCUUCACUAUCGACCUUCGACAAGACCGGCCUGCCUCACGGCUAGUGGUAACCAAGGAGAAGGAAAAGAAGGUGGGCCUGUAUACAAUCUACGUGAAUCCAGCCAACACGUACCAGUUUGCCGUGGGUGGUAGAGAUCAGUUUGUCAGGAUCUACGAUCAGCGGAAAAUAAAUGAAAAUGAAAAUAAUGGCGUGUUGAAAAAAUUUUGUCCGCAUCAUCUUGUCACAAGUGAGGCCAAGGCUAACAUUACCUGUCUGGUGUACAGUCAUGAUGGCACAGAGCUCCUCGCCAGCUAUAACGAUGAAGACAUAUACCUAUUUAACUCUUCUCACAGUGAUGGUGCAGAGUACAUCAAACGAUACAAAGGACACCGAAAUAACGCCACAGUGAAAGGAGUGAAUUUUUACGGCCCGAACAGCGAGUUUGUGGUUAGCGGCAGCGAUUGCGGCCACAUAUUCCUCUGGGAGAAAUCCUCCUGUCAGAUUGUGCAGUUCAUGGAUGGUGACAAGGGGGGCGUGGUCAACUGCUUGGAACCACAUCCCCACUUGCCAGUCCUGGCCACCAGUGGCCUAGAUUAUGAUGUAAAAAUCUGGAUCCCCACGGCCAAGGAACCGACGGAACUGCAUGGGCUGAAAGACAUCAUUAAGAAAAAUAAGCGAGAGCGUGAUGAAGACAGUCUACAUCACACAGAUCUCUUUGAUAAUCAUAUGCUAUGGUUCCUAAUGCACCAUCUGCGACAGAGAGGACACCGCAGGAGAAGAAGAGAUCCUGGCUUGGUGACCGGAGAGGCUGAUUCUGAUGACUCUCAAAGCUCCUCGGACAGCUCGGAAGAUGAAGAGGAGGGUCCUGACCGUGUCCAGUGCAUACCUUCAUGAGCGUCCAGCCUCAUGCUCCAUGCUGAGCUGGGUGUUGUGUCUUCACCACCCAACCUCCGAGGAGCAUAGGGAAUGAAGAGGACUUCUUUACUAACUGACAUUUUCAGCUUUUUAUUAAGGUUCUAGGACAAUAGUUUAAAGAAAUAAAUGACAAAACAAAAUAGCCCAAGCAGUUCCUCUUCUGCCCAUUCGUUUUGUUUUUGGAAAGGGGCGUCCCAUGCUUCGCAUAAAUUGCACUUUGGAUUUUCUGGCUUUCGUGUGAAUAUAAUAUGGAAGACACUUUAAUACAUUUUUUCAAUGCAGCCUGUGAGUCAGAAGAGUCAAGAGUCUGACGAGAAAGCUUCUGAGAGAGACUGUAAAGAUAAAAGAGAGUCAGCAGGCGUUGUGAGAGUAAGCAUUAUUUUUGUAAUUACACAUGCUUCCUUUAAAGAAGAGCAGCCGUCUAAAACCAGCGUCUAUCCCAAUUUGCUUCUAGUUUUAUCAGAUUCAUGUCCUCGUGUGCCGGCUGCUUUGAGGUUCAUCUUCACCAUUUUCCCACCACGGUAACUGCAUUGAGAGUCUUAACGUUGGGGCUGUGAGUGAUUUAUGAGAAUAUUACAGUUUGUUUCACGAGUACUCAGUACUUUUCAUUGGUUGUGUGAUAUGUAAACUAUAAAAAAAAAAAAAAAAAAAAAUCCAUUAUUUUAUUUCUUUAACUAGAUGUUGUCUCCUUGUAAGUGUCUUCAAGCUUCCAGCUGUGGAGAUCAUCUCCUGAUUUUUUUGAUUUGUUUUUUGGGAUUUUUUUUUUUCUUUUCCUUUGCAGCAUUGAUAUUUAGUCUGUUCCACACAUCACAUUGUGACUCUGUCUUUGAGACGCAUGUAUUUCAUUCAUGAGACCCUACAGAGAUGCAGAUAUUUCAAUUUAGUCCGUCGUAGCACACGGACUUUCAAAGGGAGAUUAGAGCUGGGGACAUUAAUAUGUCUCUAGGUUUGGAAUCCUGUAACUCUUCGUCAGCCUAAACAAAGCCAUGUACUUAAUAGAUAUAACUUAAUACCUGCAGAAUUAGGUUUGUUAUAUACAUGGUGAAUUGGGAGCCUCUUGAUGGAUUAAGUAAAGAGAUGGAUGUAACUCA